GGAGGGGCUUGUGGGUCGUGUCGAGUCUUCAGUGUAUCACCGAGCUAGCCGGGUUCCCUGUCUUUCAUUCAUCACCGGAACUGUGCAGCUCGUGCAUCAUCCGUGAUACCGUCGUCUCGUCUUGCCAUCCCGUCUCCUCCGACCACCGACACCAAGGACACCUCGGCCGGCCAUCACCCGCGGCGGGGCUGCGUGGGAAAAAUGACAUGGAGCCUGCUAUCGCGCAACAGAGUGGUUUGCGUAUGUGUUUGCGUCGGCAAGGAGCCUACUGGCAUGAAGCACUGGAGCCAAGGAUCUACCCAGGAGACAUGAAUGAUUUUGGUGUCCAUGUUCUCAUCACACCAACAGGAUAAUCUACUGAAGACAUGUUAUUUCAAGAUGAAGAUCGAUACCAGCCUGACUAUGCUCCAGCUGCCUGAGGCGCUGUCCCAGGCAGGCCUUCAGUUCUCGGUAGCCACUGAAGAGGACUUCGAUGAGAUCAUGGCUAUGAGCCAGGACAUCUAUGGAGGCCUUGACUACCUGCCCACUAGGUACACCAACUGGCUGCAGGAGACCAACCGCACAGUCAUAUUGGCCCGCAAACAGGGGAAAGUGAUUGCUCUGGAGUCAGUGUGUGUGAUUGACGAUGGGGAGACUAUGCUGGUGGAAGGUCUACGUGUCGCCCCUCAGGAAAGGGGCAAGGGCGUGGCUGGAGUUCUGCUGCGCUUUUGCUGCGAGCUGGUCAAAUCCAAGUACCCUGAGGUCAAAGUAACGCGCUUGACCCGUGACGAUCAGCUUGGACCCAAGGAUUUCCAAAAGUAUCGCCUCAUAACCAAGCAGGGUAUUUUGCUGGUGCGCUUCAGAGCUGAAGACCUUAAGUUUCGUCUGUCUGAGCUCGGUCUGGAUGGAGACAUCCAAUCCACUUUGUCCACCUCCUCUUCAAACCCUCCUCCGGUGCGUCUUGACCACACAGCUGUCCACCGGCUGUAUCUGACCACUGACCUGCUGCAGGGGCUCCUUCCUAAUGGCACCAUCAUUCAAGACUGGCAGCCAUUCAAGCUUUUGCCCAGUAACAUGGCCAUUCUACUGAAGAAGGACAUUGACUGGAUGGUGGAUGAUGUGUCCAACCCUGCUAUGGCCAGCCUCUGUACCUUCCCUUUUAGGGUGCCCAUUGGAGAUGACUGGUAUUACCUGAACAUUGACAUGUUCGGUAAAGACCUGGACCUGGCUCGGCAGCAGUUCUUGUGCCACCUGCACCGCCACACUGCUACCCUGAAGGGUCACGUGAUGUGCCAGAUGUUCCUGGACCCGCCACUCUGGAAGGCCAUGGCCGAAUUCUGCCGCAACACAUUGAGCGUGGAGCUGGUGAAGGAGUACACCGAGCAAUGCGUGGUGGAGUCAGACGUCGUCUAGUUACAGACGGUGGAUGGGAAAAGAGUAGAAGACGAAGGAGCCAGAAUGAAGACAAGGGUCUAGACAACAAGGAAUGGACAACUCAAUUACACUUAACAGAAAAACACAACCCUCUGUACUGAGGAGAUAGAAACCAAGCAAACUAAAUGUAGUUUCUACAAAACAACAACAACUUCUAAGAGUGCAGUAAGUUAGAUUUAACAAUACACAAACAAAUACAGGGAGUGGACAUAAAACCAUGAAAACAUCAUGUAAUCAGCUAUCUUAACGAUUAAUAUUCAGUUGGGGUCAGAGGUGUUGAUACUACUUUACAGUCAUUAGUACCAUUUUUAAGGCGGUAGUUUUGAGGUACUUAAUAUUUCAUUCCCACAAUGUACAUAGAGAGUGGGGACUAAAUAACAUAAACACCCCUUAGUAGAGGUCUUCAUGGGUCAAAACGUUUGGAAAACAUAAGCAAACCCAAAGUAAAUUUGUUUUAAAUAGACCCAAUUGGAAAAAGGGGUUCCAAGAGCAGUCGGACCCCAUUUGAAUAGCCAGAGGAUAAUUGGCUGCAUUUUCAAGAUGGUUUACAAUUGGUCAACGGUGCACAUUUUUGCAAACGUUGGUGCAUUUUUGGUCCAAAACAUCAGUGUUAGGGAUAGAGUUAGGGUUAACCCUAACCAUAGGCUAAUCCUAACCCAAUGCAGUCCAAUGCCACAACACUACAAACUACAGCCUUAAAAGGGACAUAUAGAGUUUAAUAAAUCAGCUUCUUAGCUUAUCUCAAAUUUUAUUAUAAUGAUUGCAUAGUUUUUUCGUAUUAUAUCCACCCUCUGUAUGUCGUAUGACAUGAAAAUGUGUAAUAAGAGUGAUGAGAUUGGGAAGGCUUUCUCACACCGGUAGCAUUGAUGUAACCUAAAACCUAAAAACAGUCAACAUGCAAAUGCUAUUCUUUGAAGAAAAUGUUGCCUAAGUACCCUUAGGGAAUCUCAAACCUUUCAUCUCUGUUAUUUCUGUAAAUAUGAACCUUCUAAAUAUAUACACAAGCUGAGUUGGGUUACUAAAUCUGCACAACUCUGAAGGCACUUUAUUAAAACUACACAGACAGGUUGUGUCUACGUUAGACUGAAAAGGAAUAGUUCAGAAUCAAAUAUGGGUAAUUUACAGAUCCCAUCGCUCUAAGGUUAUGGGUGCAUCUACUAACUAGUAUUACCUUAGGGACAUCGUCAACAAAUCUCUGCAGAAACAACAAACAAAGCCUGUCAUCGAAAUGAAUGUCAGUCACAAAAUGGCUGACAAUUUAUCCUUCGUCAAGCUUAUGUCUUAGCUUUUGUCUUUUUAUUGUUUCAAAUCUUUUACUGUAUAUACAUGUUACUAAUUUAAUAUUUUCACUUAAAUGCUGCAAUAAGAUUUUAACAGAAAUUAUUAACUUCUGAAGCUGUACGUGAAAUCUGGGCUUACUUUUGUAGAUUGCUAGCAUAAUGCCAAACAAAAUGCUAAUGCUUGAAAAUGUUUAACAGACUACUGUGCAGUUUACUACUGGCUUCAGAUGAAGCAGGGAGAAGGAGUAGAAUGAAAAUAACUGUGUUAGAAUUAACAGUAAUAUACUUAUUUGUUUUAACCAUCACUAAUAUUAGCUGGCAAACGCCUUUUGAAAUACAGUGUUCCCUGUAACUACACAAGACCAGCUUUGGCUAUGUUAGAGCAAACUAAUCUCUAGUUUACUGUACAGAAUAUUGUGGAUUAUACCAUGGCCAAGGACAGUACUAAUUUCAGACACAUGUCCAUUAACAUGCUAACUACAUGGCUACAGGGAUGACGGUUGGUACUGUAGGUUGGUCCACCACUUUUGUCCAGACUUAAAUAUCUUGACAACUACUGGAUGGAUUGUCAUUAGACAGAGGAUGAAUCCUAAUGACUCUGGAAUAUUCCUUGACUUUUCAUAAUGCCACCAGUAGGCUCAAUAUUUUACUUAUCCAAUGAGAUAUCACAACAUUUACAAAAAAUUAAAAAAGAACAUCCCAAAGUUUAUGUUUUUUCUAAAGAGACCCAAGCUCAAAGGGGUUCCGAGAGCAGUCAGACCCAAUUUUAAUAGACAGGGGAUAAUUGGGUCAGCACUACCAAGGUGGUUUACAAUUGUUGUAGAACAUCUAAGUGGCCAUGGUAUAAGCACAAUACCUAUCUGUGCCAUAUAGAAAAUAAUGAACUUGGUGGAGGAAAUGACAUACUCUACUUCACAUUCUUUGGCCUCCAUCUACAUGUAGUCCAUUAUCACCAACAUAUUUAACCUCUUCUAGAGGCACCAGAGCACGCCUAAAAAUGUUUUUGUUUUUUUAAACAUUUUUAAAGUUUUCUCUAGUGAUUACUUGCCCCUGUGGCCAUGACAUCAUAUAAGCAUCCAUAGCACACUUGUUACACUCUCUAAAUCUCCCUUUAAAGCCCAUAUAGAGGGUGUAACACAGGACCAUUAGUCUGAGCCAGACAGAAAUAUCUUGAUGGAAAAACAUGUCAGUUUUGUAUAGAACUAUUUUUACCUCUCUGUUGCCUUGACCAUCUUUUAUCUUGACUUUGAACCCUUUCUUCUUCUGGUAUGCAAUUUUCUAGGUGUGAGGAUGACUGGGCCUCUUUUCCGAAGAAAGAUAAAUGAUGAGUCAAAUCCUUAAAACGUUUUACAAAAGGGAACUAAAUGAAACAGACCUUCCUUUUUUUGUUUUAAUUAUUUACAUUGUAGGAUGGACCUUUUAGCGUGGCCAUCAUUUUCAACAUAUUCCAGGGAGCAUAACAAAAUAGGAGGACAACUAUCUUUUUACCCUAUUGUUUGUAACCAAAGAAAGUCACUACUCAUCUAAACUGAUGCCCUAUCAUUUGCUGCCAGGGUUGAAGUUAAGAUAUGGAAGAUUAGAGGGCCAUGGGUCUAAUUAUUUUAUAUUAGUUUUUUUCGUGAUCACAGAAUACUUUUUUUAAACUAUUCUAACAAAUCUCUGUUUUAUUGUGAUCACAGAAUCAUUAUUGUGAUCUUGUCAUAACAUAACCCAAACUGUGUUCUCAUGAUUCGGAUUCAGACCUGAUAAUCAUAUACAAUCUAGGACUGCCACAAACAUUUGACACUAGCAGAUGAAACAAUUAGUUAUUAGUUCACUCAAUCCAGGGUUUACUAGGGGACCCUGGGUCUAAAACAAGGAACUGAGCCCUAUUCCUCGCCCAAUACUGGACUAAGACAUGGCCCCAGUUUUGGUGUGGCAAUUUGACUAAGUACAACUUUAAUCUUGGGCUCCACAAUAUAAGCUGACAUGUGUGAAUGAAGGUUUAAAACUAGAUUAGAUAAUAAACCAUUUUAUGAUCAGCGUCAGCUGAUAUUCUGCUUUUAACGGUUUAUUUUCUGGAGUUCCCAAAAAUUAUUUCCAAUUUGGGUUGGAGCUCAUUGAGGGGAGGUCCACCUUCCAAAGUCUGCCAGUAGGUAGCGGCUUACAGUCCACUGGGGCUGGUCAAAGUUGUGGUAUUCGAAAAUAGUGUGGCCUUGAUAAGUAUACUACAUUCAUUAAACAUUCCAUCCUACCCUAUUCCUUAUAGUAUUACUAGUAGUAGAGAUAGUUUUCCAUUGGUAGGAAACAGUUGGUUUAUAGUAUAGUGAACUUGCGCGAGCUGAUCAUAGAUCAUUCCCAUCUAUCCAUCCUGGUCGCAGUUGCAGCAGGCUAAGCAAGGUACAUACUUACAUACAUACUUCUCGUUAGCCUCAUCCCCCAGCUAGUCCCCAGGUAUCCCAAGACAUUCCGCAGCUUGAUGGCAUAUGUUUUCCCAUCAGCAUGUUCUUUGUCUGCCCUGGAGUCUCCUCCUAGAUGGACAUGUCCGGAUAAACUUUAAAGAAAAGGUGUUCAUGAGGCAUGAACCACCUCAACUGGCUCCUUUUGACAUGAAGGAGCAGUGGCUCUACUCCGAGUUUCUUCCAGAUCCAAGUUUAUCACCCCUUCUUUAAGAGUAAGAACAGACACCCUGUGAAGGAAACUUACUGCGACAAUCUCAUUCUUUCGGUCAUUGCUGAUCAUUGAGGGUUGAGACUCAUAAAUCAACUGCUAAAUCAAGAGCUUUGCCUCAACAAUGACAGUCCGAUACAGUGUCCACAUUACAGUUGAUGCAGCACCAAUUUAUUUGAGAUCUCGUGUUCCAUUCCUUGACUUAGGGCAGUAAUACUCUCUAAACCCAAGUGACCAAAGACCACCAUGACAGAAGGUGAAGGCUGGAAUGUAAAUCGACCAGUAAAUCCAAUGCUCGGCUUUCAGGCUCAGGUCCCUCUUCAACACAACAGUUUGGUAAAUCCAUCUUACCCUCACUUGUAAACAAGACCCCAAGAUACUUGGUUUCUUGUUGGCAGCUUAUCACUCCCAACUCAGAGUUAGCGAACCACCGGUUUUCCAGUAUAAUACCAUGACUUCAUUGGACUUGGAAGUGCAAUUGCAGCAUGGUGGCCCAAUGGUUAGCACUGUGGCCUCACAGCACAAAGGUACCGGGUUCGAACACUGGUCGUCCUGGGCCUUUCUGUGUGGAGUUUGCAUGUUCUCCCCAUGCCUGCAUUAGGUUUUCUCCAGGUGCUCCGCCACUAAAAACAAGUUCCCCUCCCUCUCACUUCAUUAGAAGUCGCUAUGGAUUAAAGCGUCAGCUAAAUGACAUGUAAUGUAACAUUAAUAGUUGAAUUGCCACACAUGAAUUUUAGCCAAUUUUGUCUAAAUGAUCAUGAGAAGUCAGUUUGGUAAGUUUUGUUAAUUAUGUUAUCACGAAAAAACAAAGCUUGUUCAUUUUGAUAGUUUUCCUGGGAUUUCAAGAAAAUAACUAAAAACAACAAUCAUCUUAACCACCCAUGUGCUCUACUGCCUUCUGUGUGAAGAUGUCUAGGAAGAUAAAAGAUAAUGAUUUUUGAAAGCCUUUAUCCGGUAAUGAAGAAAUGUAUAUGCAGCCCUUCUCCACACCCUUCUUUGAAAAACACUCUGUACAAUUAGCUCCAUAGUUUCCUCACAAUCAAAUACAACCUCUGUUAAGUUUCACAUAACCUUAUGAUAAAUAUACGUAUUAACUUAUUUUUGUUGUCUUGUCAUAAUAAUAUGUAAUACAUGUAAAUACUGUACGUUGUGCUGGAAAGCCACUGAGCUUGUGAGAUGCCAGAAGGAAGACUUACAGUAAUGGUAACACUUGAAUGGCAAAAAAAGAGCUUAUGAUAGCCUCAUUCAGAGGAAACAAACAGUGGCCAGUUGUGAAUUUAUCUUUAAGAACUUGUCAACCCAUCACUGAUCACCUCACUUUUAAGUGAAUAAAUCUUUCUAUUUUCAAUGUUCACUCAAUUCGCCCUGCUGCCACUUUAAGUUUAGCACCAUUUCAGCAUUCUCUGCCUUCUUUAGUUCUGAUAUUAUCAGCUGCUUCAGGCAAAAGACAUUAGGAGAUCUGCUGGUUGUUCUCUAAUCUGGUAAAUUGUUUCUUUCCUAUCUACAAAUCAAUAAUCCCUUGUAGAACCUUCAUCCAUCUCAAGGCCUCAGUAUGCUUCAAAGGAAGUAGGAGAUAAGUGUUUAUACAUGUUACGAAUGGCCACACUUAAAGACGGGGCCAUAAUGCCUGCCGUCGUAAUAAUUCUGUCUUUUGCGCGUCUUUGUGGUCCGGAUGUGACGAAUCUUAAAAAAUAACUUUUCACAUCCCUCAUGAUCCCACCAUCAGAAAGGCGCUUCUAGACACUUAGAAAAAUACUUUCUUUAAAGAAUACUGAAGGCUUAAAGUUGUAAACUCAAUAUUUUGACUUGUAAUCCUUGAAAAAAAAUUUGUACCAACAAACUUCUUUUUACCUUUCGAGUUGCUAGGGUCAUGGCAACCUCAAUAAAUUGGCCUGGUCAAUUUUUAUCAAUUUGUGCUGCCAUUUUGAGUUUUAUUUUUGUCAUUUUUGAUUUGUUAUAUCAAACUGUUUGGCUACCACAUGCACACAAAAUACACAAAAAGAAAGUUGCAAAGCUCCAAUGUUGAUCAAAUUCUUUUUCUCCUUUUAAAACACUUCCAUGAAAUUGACUCAGACAUUUGAAAAUCUUUUGAAUGCUUUUAUUAUGGCUUAUCGAGAGCAUUUUGACAUUUUAAACAAUUUGGCAUUGGCAUGCAAAUGAUUCUGGCUGAAGCUGUAGAUUUUGCGUCUGUGUUUCUUUGCCUUGUUAAUGAUCCAAAUCGUACAUUACAUCUACAAGUCCAAACAGUAAAUGCUUACAUAAUUCCCUCUAACCCCAUAUCCAAAAGGUGAAGAGUAUCCUACAGACUUCUGAGGUCUUUAACAUCGCUUCACGUAUUAAAACUAGUUUCUGCCACUGAGUUCUGCAGAUUGAGAUCAAUCUAACAGAUGUGGUUUGAUGAAUUUCUGCGAUCGCCUUUUUAAAUAUGAUCAAAAACACUUCUACGUACAUUCGACGUAGAAGAAAAAGAUGAGGUAAUUUAACCCAAGGCUUAAGAGUUUACUACAGUAUUGGCAUAACUGCAGUGUGAUUUUGUAUGACUGUAUAACACAUUGCCCAACAGAGUUCUUGGAUUAUCCCUUUCAGUACCACUUUCACACAAGGGAUGCUUGUUAUUAAAUCCUUUUUUAAUAGAGAUCAGUAAAAACUGUAAACAAGGGCAUUUUUUUGGUUUUGCAUGACAGAUAAACACAGGCCAAGAGAGGUAUUGCAUUAACCCUUUUUAAUAUUUAGUUUUUAAAGUAAUUCUUUUUAAAGGGUUUCCACAUUAAUAGCUCUAUAAUCUCUUUAAUGUUUUAUGAUUCAAUAAUUUAUUCAUGCUUUGUAGGCCAGUAAUAAGGGCAACAUUUGGGUUUCAAGAUUGCAUGGUGUACAGUGUAUCAUCUUCAAGCAUAAUAAAUUUUGUAUUUUGAAAUAGCUCUUCAGCACUCAGAUCUUCUGGGGCUGCGUAUUGAACUCAAAUUAAUGGCAACUUGAAUAGAUUUGAUGGCUUUAUUAGAAAAUGAGGGCUGGAAGACACUUCUCUGGGCUUUGGUUGUUGUUUCUUUUAGACGUGUACAUAUUUUGGGUACAUUCAUGUGUUUUAAUAUGUGGUGGCGCUCUUCUCUGCUUAGAUCUGCCGAGAUCUAUGACAUUUCCUAUCUUCCUCCACUGGGGUUAAGGUUUGGUUAAGUCUAGGCACAAAAAACACUUGGUUAGUAGGAAAAUAUUGUGGUUUGGAACUACUUUUUGUCAAGGUUAGGGGACCUUCGUCAAGAGAAUUUUGAUUUUAAAGAAACAAACAUUUAGUAUUGGUAAGAAAUGUGAAACAAACAGCGGCCACUAACAUUAUAGCUACCACUGUCAUUGCUCUCAUAGACAUUUCAUAAUUCACACGGUCAAUAGACUUUCUCACCGGAUAAAUGUUGUAUUUAGGCAUUUGAACAAACAAUUGAUGCUGCCAUUUUUAAUUGGAGGACAGUCUCUAAUGUUUUUUUCACAACCCGAUAAUCCAAAAGUUCUUUGUACAAAUAGUUUAUUACUGCUUUAUAAAGCAUUUAUAAAUGAUGUAUCAACCAUUAACAAAGUUAUUAGUAACAACUCAUAAAACUGGGCACCAUGUCUAAUAAAAUACCAUUUUCAUGGGUUUAUGCUACCAUACAACUAGCAUUAGCUUACAUCACCAUCGUGUACAAGACAGGGAUGCUAACACAGAGGAUGUAUUUGAUGAUGGAGGAAAAUAACGUUAGAUAAAAAGGAUUGCAAAACUUUUAAAGAUUGGUUAUAGAGCCCAGUAUCGCCCCAAAAUCCCACUAAUCAGGGAAAGUAUCUUCAGCCAUGAAGUCUCAGAUGUGUUUGUUUCCAGAGUGCUGGAUGCCUAUGCUUACUUCUAUAUAUAGAAAAUAUACCGCACAAAUAUACAUGUUCAGUAGAUACACUGGAUUUUAUGCAUAAUAUUUCUUCACUGGAUGUGGAUGCAAUGUGUGCUUGAGGGAAGCUCAAAGAAGUGCCAAAUUUCAUGACUGCUGAACUUCCAUGUUUGUCAAUUAGCUUACCAAAAUAUAUGAAAAAAAAGCAGCACAUUUCUAGAGUUUUUAUUCGCUUUUAGUAGAAAUGUUAUCUGUGGGUUAAAUGUUUCUUUUUUUGUAGCCCCAUAGCACGCAAACAAAAGUCAAAGGUGAUAUCAGUGGUUGAAUGUGACACUGAAUUGAAAGAUUGAAGGUUUUCUUUCUUAUAGCACUUUGUUUAAAAAAAUGUGAUCAUUGUAUACUUUGUAUACAACUGAAUAAAAUGCUAACACAUUGUGCUGCAAACCCUAUAAGUAGUAUAGGGUUAAGUGUAAUAUUAAUGUAUGUUUAUGACUUACUGUGCAAGCCAUUAAGUUAGUGGGUAAAGCAGCAUGCACUUUAGUUGUCUUUGGCAAUUAUACUGUAGAUAAGCUCCCAUCUCCUGUAAAGUAGCAUCGACUUCAGUGAAAAACACAUGUUCUUGUCGCACAUCUUGAUGUCCAGAAACAAUCAUAUAGUGUCAUGUGAGAUAAGCCUUUCUCUGUCGGUUUGACAAUAUUUCUCCAAAGCUGAACCAUUUGACAAAUGACAUGUAGAGCAGUUGGUCAUCAGUAUACAGUGGCAUUGAAAAUAAGACUAUAUUUUAACAACUAAAAGAAUAACACAAUGAGAGUUUGAAAUGGCUGUGUUCUGAGGGAGUAAUGCGGGUUUGGGUUAGUUAAGCCAAGAGAUAAAAAAAAAAAAGUAAAAACGUAACUAAGUACAUUUAGUAUACUAGUUUUUAAGUACUUUAUGUGAGUAAUUCCAUUUUGUGAGAUCUUAUACUUUUACAUUUCAGAGGGAAAUAUUGUCCUUUUUAUUCCACUACAUUAACCUGACAUCUGUAGUAACUAGUUACUUUAAUUAAAGACUAACGUUGUUACAUGCAAAAUAUAAAUAAGAUGCACUGCUAGAGUUUAAACUAGCCAGUGUGAUGAUAGAAAUAUGUAGGCUUUAAAGAUUUUAUUUUAAUAUGCACUCAGUGAUGCAAAUCUUUAUCUCUGUACAUUAAAUCUUUCUCUGUGCUUGAUUUGUAGUGAUUGCUUUAUCAUGGCUUGAUUGAUAAUGCCUUGGACCCCCGGAAAAGGGGGAACAUGAUCAAACCUUCCUCAUUUGUUGUAUUUUCAGUAAAGACAAGUGAUGAGUCUGUG